CUACUUUGCACCAUUAGAUAUAUCUAAAACAUUCUUUAUCUUCAAAAUCCAGAUGCGUUACUCUGUUUUAUCAAUCCUCCUCAUUCUAUUCACCUUGGUUCAUGCUGCCAAGAAAAAGCCGAUAUACGUGGAGCAUUCUGACACGGUGGUCACUACUGACUAUGAUACCCUAACCAAGCAUAAAUGCAAGGAUCCAGAAGACCCGGUGUGGAAACCCCAAGUCGACCGCCUACAUGACUCUGAAAAACUCGCUCGCCGGAAUAGUACUGGAUUGGUGCUGGGAAAGGCAUACAAUUGUACCGAAGGAAAUAAGGCUCUUCGGAAUGAGCUGAGGAAUUUUAGGCGGCAAUAUAUGGAUGCCGUGAGACGUGCUCAGGGCUUCAUCUGUUCAUAUGGAUCGCAGACUAGCGUAACAGAAGAAGAAAUAGCGAACUUCACACUCUUGGUCGACUACGUCAAGGGGAACGAAACUGCUAUGCAGCAGCUUAUGUGGAGAUUGUCCAAAUUACCUGAAUGCCAAGUUACGGGUACAGACAUACAGAGUGCGCUCCAGGGAGUUAGUGAGCCAGCGACGACAGCUACGUCGGUCAGUGUGGCAACUGAGGCAGGUCAAUGAUUGACUCAGGGGGCCAUCUCGCGCAACACAAUGACGCUUGGGGAAAAUGGAACUUAAUGUCAUCGGUUUGAACAAAAUGAAAUUCAUUGCUAGAAACCAUCUCAGGCGCAUUGUAAAGUUGUUCUAUUUGAGAUCAAGCGGAGGCGCUAAUUGACGUCUCUAUCGGUGACCC